CCGGUUGGUGCGAGUGUGUGCUCAGUGUGCUUUUGGCAGUCGUCCGAUCGUGUAGAACUUUUUUAGCAGCUAUUUCUUGUUGUGCGCCUCGAGCUUAAUACAGACAGUCUUUAUCAUGUCGCUACGCAUUGUGUCACAGUCCGUUCUGAAUGCCUGGAGCCAGACCCUGAUCCGUGGCAUGUCCACCCAGGGUGGCUCCAAGAACAUCGGCUUUGUCGGUCUGGGCAACAUGGGCGGCCACAUGGCCAGCAAUCUGAUCAAGGCUGGCCACAAGCUCCAUGUCUUCGAUAUCUCGAAGCCAGCGUGCGAUAACCUCAAGGCCAAGGGCGCCACCGUCUACUCGAAGACCGCUGAGUUGGCGCAGAAUGUGGACUUCUUGUUCACCAUGCUGCCCAACAAUGACAUUGUGGAUGCCUCGUACGAGGAGAUGACCGCCAAUGGCGUCAACAAGAACACCAUCUUCAUUGACUCCUCCACGAUCGAUCCCACGCUCGUCAAGUCCCUGCAGAAGCGCAUCAGCGCCAAGGGCGCUCGCUUCAUUGAUGCUCCCGUCUCUGGCGGUGUUCCCGGUGCUGAGCAGGCCACCUUGACCUUCAUGGUGGGCGGCACUGAGGCAGAGUACAACGCCGUCAAAUCUGUGCUCGAGUGCAUGGGCAAGCGCAUCACCCACUGCGGUGACUAUGGCAUGGGCCAGGCUGCCAAAUUGGCCAACAACAUGAUGCUGGCCAUUUCCAUGAUUGGCGUGUCCGAGGCCAUGAAUCUGGCCAUCCGCUUGGGCCUGAAUCCCAAGACUUUCGCUGAGAUUAUCAACUCGUCCACUGGCCGCUGCUGGGCCUCCGAGUUGUACAAUCCCGUGCCCGGCGUAACUCCCACUGCCCCGGCCAACAACUCCUACAAGGGUGGCUUCUCCACGGACUUGAUCACCAAGGAUCUGGGCUUGGCUUCGGGUGUGGCCACCUCCUCCAACACGCCCAUUCCAAUGGGUGCUCUGGCCCAUCAGAUCUACCGCACACUCAAGUCCAAGGGAUUGGGCAGCAAGGACUUCUCCAUCGUCUAUGACUUCAUGAAGAACGAGAAUAACUAAUCAGAUUGCCACGCGGGCGGCAUCUCUUAUUGGACUUCC